AGAGAGGCAGACUCGUGGGGAUCGAUGGUGUAUGUAUGCGGGGCACCACCACGGGGCUCGAUCUCCUUUCAGUAAUUAGGAUGCUUGUCCCGGGGUUGAGAUGUCCUGUAGCGCAUACGCGUCGGAAUGUGGUGCGCCGCAUCACCCCACAACUUCCAUUCACACCUCCACCUUGUGUCCAUUCCUCGUACAAACAGCGUCAAAUCACCACUUCUUGUUAUUCGUGUAUAUAGGAAAUGCUAACUAAGUGUCGGGGGAAAGGAAUGGGCAUGUGAAAGUACAGAAUGCGAGGGACGAGAUUGAGUCACGGGAUGCUGGGUGUGUUGCGGGGACGGCCGGGAUCGCUAUGGCAACCAGAGACAUGGCGGAGGGACCACGACGCCGCCGUUGCCAGCCACCCUCCCCCAGGACCUCGCUAGCUGGAGUGACGUAGUUGCUUUAGUGGCUUCGGUGGAGUGAGACGGGCUUUUUGACGCCACCGUUCGCCGGGUGUCUAGUACAGUAGUGUGUAGAGAGUGGCAUGGAUCUUUGCACUGGCGAGGCUGGCCGCUGCACUACCUGAUGAAGAGCGUGAUGAUGAGUGAAGGCGGCGGCGGCGAGGCAAACGUCCCCCCCAGCCACCAGGUGUGGCUACCUGUCCCCCACAGUGAUGACGACGACGAAGAGGAGGACGAGGAGGGAGCACGUGGCGAGGGGGCGGACGUCGGGGGCGGGGGCGAGGUGGUGGUGGUGGGCAGCGGGGGCGCCACCACGCUGUACAGCCGUGAGGACGGGGCCACGGUGCUGGAGGCGGCGGAUGGCACCACCACGGUGCUGCGCCCGCAAGGCUCCGCCCACAGACUGACGGUGACGGUGGAGGGCGGCGACGGGGAGACCGGCGAGGGCAUGACGGCGAUCGUGGAUGGCCAGACGGGCACGGCGACUCUAGUGGAGGGCGCCGAGGUGGUGAGGACUCAGGCGGUGUCUUAUGCCACGCCCAUCCUCCACCACGUCUUCCUGCAGGCUGCCCCAACUACCCACGGCACCGCCACCCUCCACACGGCGCCUGCCUCCACAGCCACCACCACCACGCAGCGCAGGACAGCAGCCCCAGCGACGGCCACGAUCCUGCAGGCCACGCCUCCCACUGUCAAGGAGGACAGUGGCAGUAGUAACAUCAGCAGCAGAAGCAACAGCAGUAACAGCAGCAGUAGUGGUAGAAGUAGUAGUGUUAUUACUAGUACCUCCAGCAGCAGCACUAGUACCAGUAAUAGUUGUUAUAGUAGUAGUAGAAGUAGUACUAGUAGUAGUGGUAGCAGCAGCAGCAUCAGCAACAACAAAAGCAUCAAAAGUGAAAACUCAAACAGGAGUAUCAAAGUGGUGGAGGACGCCGCCGCCACCACAGCCGCCACCACUACCACGAUCACCACGACUACCACCACCAGUACCUGCCUGCCGACCGAUCACUACCACCACCACCACAGCACCACCAACACAACCAGCAGCAACAACAAGCAGACCACCACCACCACUACUACCACCACCAGCAGCACCAACAACCACGUCAGCCACCUCAGCCUCCACCACCAUCACCACCACCACCACCACCAUCGUCACCCAUCGUUGUCUUCCUCUCCCUCGUCCACCCCGCCCCCAUCCCUCUCCCCGCCCUCGUCCGCCAGCGGCCCACGCACUGACGACGAGCUCACCUCCCUCUCUUGGCUGCAGGACUCCAACCUUCUGCGAGGUACAGCAUUGUCCCCUGUGAAGACCAGCCAUGGCUCAUCAGGGCAGGGAGGUCCAGGAGAGGUGGUGAAGGCAGAGUCCCCCACCAGUGACUAUGGGGACGAGUCCUCAGACGCCCUAGAGCCUGGGGAGCUGACCCUCAACGACCAGCCUCACACACAGCCCUCCCGCCAGCAGCCCAUCCCAUACAACCCUCAGGUGCAUAUCAAUGCCAAGCCUCCUUAUUCCUUCUCCUGCCUCAUCUUCAUGGCUAUUGAGGACUCCAGCAACAAGGCCUUGCCUGUGAAGGACAUCUAUGCUUGGAUCUUGGACCACUUCCCUUAUUUCAGGAAUGCUCCCACAGGAUGGAAGAACUCUGUCAGGCAUAACCUUUCUCUCAACAAGUGUUUCCGCAAAGUGGAGAAAGCACCCAACCUUGGCAAGGGCUCGCUGUGGAUGGUUGACCCCGCCUAUCGUCCAAACUUGCUGCAGGCCCUCAGCAAGACACCCUUCCACCCGUACUCCAACCUGGACCGCAUCUACCUGGUGUCCACCAAGGCUGCCUACAACAACAGGCAGGUUGGGGAAGGAGCAAGUGGACAGAGUGGGACAGGACGGGCAAAUGUACCUGUGGAGAGUCCUGCAGCCAGUCCCACCAAGCCAGCUGGAGCCAAUGUGCCUGAUCCUGAACUGUUCCCAUACUUGGCACGUCGCCUCGGCUCCUCAGGGCCUGGGACAGCAGGGCUAGAGGUGGUGGGCUCUGGGGUUCAUAGUGAGGAUGUAGAUGCGGCAGCAGCUAUGUUGGCCCUCAAGCACGGUUCACGCAUUGUGACUCCAGCCAGUGAAUCCUACUCUCAGCUGAGGGAUGGUAAGGACACAUCUCUCUUAUAUGAAGAAAAUCGGAAAAGGAAGAGAAAAAGAAAACACACUGAGGUUGGAGAUGCUCGCAUGAUGGUCAUCAGUUCAUCACCAAGUCAGGAUCACUCUUACACAUCAGUGGACGGUGAUGAAGAAUAUCCGGGACCUACUUCCGUGCCUCCUCCAUGCCGGCCUGCCCACACAGCACCCCUGCCACACCCACCACCCCCCAAGAAAGCCAACCAUUCUCCUACCUCUAGUGUGGAUGAAGCCUUCUCGGAUGACUCUUAUGACAGUGAUGUGGCCAGUGAAGCAUCCCAGGCAGACAUGAGGCAGCUGGUUGAGGGAGCUGAUGCACUGCUGAAUUUGGCUGCUGUUGCCACCUCCCUUGCCUCCCAGCGUCACCUUGGGGAGUGUGUAGCUACCCCUUCCCCACCACACUCAUCAGCACCAGCUGGUCGCCACAGUGUUCCUAGGCUGCACCACACCCCAGCAGCGCCUCACCUGGGAAAAGUGCACAUAUUGAAGCCAUCAACAGCCAAGUCAGCCUCUGGAAAGCACAGCAGUAAGGCCAAGAGUGAGGUGGCCCACAACAACAACACCAUCCUGACUAACAACAACAAGGUUCUCAAAGUGAAGAGGUUCAGCGGCCGUGCCUCUAGCCGGCACCAACAGCUGUCUCCUCCUUCACAGUAGUGGGUAAUGUGGGGACAUCUUUAUCAAAAUAUUAUAUGGGCACCCAUAAAUUAAAUGUAGAAUUGAAGAAACUAGUGUACAUUUCAAAAGUAUAUGGUAUUGUUAGUGAUCUACACAUAGAGCAAGUCUGUGAAGGUUUUUGAUGAAACUAAUAUGUGAAUAAUAAGUAUGCAAUGUAUACUGCAGUGCUUCUUAUGCAAGUCUCUGGUUGAAUUUAUUACAUGUUUUUGUACAUUUUUUGUAAAAGCCAUUUCUAAUAACAGCAUUACCAUAACCAGAGUAUAAGACACCUGCAGUCAAAGUUGUUAGUAUUGUAUAUAUUUUCCUAUUGUUAUGUGGCUUUCCUUCUUGUUAUGUUGGCUUAGUUAACCAGUGGGGCAUCACACCCCUACUUCAAGACUCAGUUCUGUCUGCAUCCCUUUUAAUACUUCCACAGAAUUAGAAUCUUUUAUCAACUAUUUCCUACAAGAAAUAUAAAAGCAAUAAUUUGUUUCCACUGUGUCAACAAACAAGAAUCACUCUGCAUCACUGUGCUCUGAUUUCCUUCUAAUUUGAGUGGAAAGUUACUUUGCAUAUGCAAUAAUUAUGGCUUGUGUAUGCACUCCAUGCAUUACUGAAGAGCAAUACUGUUUAUACACUAGCUGUACGUGUUAUUUUAUAGAUUGUUUAUCUUAAUAGUAAGAGCCUGUAAUAUAUACCCAAGAAUGCUUUAUUGUAUAUAAGAAAUCUCUAGAAUCAGAUUAAAAUAUAUUUGUUUAUAUUUUGCUUUGAAGAUAUUUCCCAUUUCUGUGGAUAAAAUACAAUUGGAUGACUAACUUUACCCAGCCUGAUAUAUCUGUGAGGCAGCAGCAGCACGCACGCACACACACACACACACACACACACACACACACACACACACACACACACACACACACACACACACACACACACACACACACACACACACACACACACACACACACACACACACACACACACACACACACACACACACACACACACACACACACACACACACACACUCAGGAGCUCUGUCUGCCCCUUGCCCCUCCCCCUCCCACUAAGGCUUGUCAAGUCACCACACAAUCAUUGGUGGUUUUUUAUCAAAUGCACCAACACUACUCUAUACUUGACAAAUUCCACUGUAGCAUAUAAAUAACAUAGGGUUCCUUGUAAAUAAAUUUUUAUCUCUGCUUUUACAAUAAUUUCUCUCUUGUACUGACAUGGUGCAUUAAAUGGUGGUGGUGGCUGUCACACCCUCACUCUCCACCAUUCUUUGCUAGUGUGAUGCUAAAAGACUUAAGGGAACUAUUAUGAAAAUAUGAAACACUGAUCUUAAAACUUUUUUUAUAUGAUGUAUAACUAAUGGGCUGUGAUGAGAUAAUCAGGCUGGGUAGUUUGCUGUUAAGUCCACCUUUGUCUUCCUUAGUAUGUCAAAUAUAUAGCCAUUAAACAUUUACUAUCAGUUACAAAUGAGUGGGGUUAUUAUCAGUUGUGGUUGCUCCUUUCCUCCCAUUCUCUUAUAUUAGGAAUUUUACUCUAGAUUAAAUGUCAUUGAAAACUGCAACAUACACAGCUAAGCAAGGUCAGGUUGGAGCUGCAGUGUUUAGUUUUCAAGUAAGGUCAUGUAACUGGGAGAUGACUUGUCAAAAUUCUCUAAUGUAAAGUUAAUUAUAUUGAAAUGAAAAGAUCAGAUUUGUCACUCACUAUGUGGCAAUUUAUGAUGACUUGAAAACAAGACUCAUUGCUAAGCCUGCAGUGUUGACAGUUUCCUCCCUGUGUGCCAAAGUGUUUGCCACAGUCUUUAGUGAAGCUCAGUGGUCAUCAAUGCAUACACAUCUCAUGUGCCAAAAUAGUGAAAUGGUGACAACAACUGUUGUCUGAAACAAACCUUCCCACUGCUGAUGGAAGGCAACUUGUAGAUUGUAGCUAAUCAUUCACUCAUUUCUGGUUUAACUAGUGAUGAAAAUAUUCAACAGAUUUAUUUGGCAUAUUGAUGAAAAUUGAUAUCAUGAUUAAGUUUAGUGUUUACUAUGUUUAUAACUGAUCAUACAUUACAGAAAACAGACACUGUUGUCCCCAUCACUGUGCAAAUCACUGGUAAUUUCAGGGACUAGUAAAUUGAACUGGAAAUUAAGGAAACUAUUUUCCUUGCCAUUCUCAACUUCAGAUUAGUCUAAUGUAACACAUUAACAGACACACUAACUGGUGAACUGACAUUGUUGUUCACCUGAAUGACACCAUUAGUACUAAUCACUCAUGUAUCUGAAUUAGAUUGUACUUGUCCAAACUUGUAGAUACACUUCAGACUAACUCAACACUACAUGAACUAACACACACUGUUCUGCAUCCCUGAACACAGAAUCACAGGAAGUUAGGUGGCACUUCUUUCGACUAUUAAUAUUUACUACAUGUGUGAGCUACACAAUCCACCACUGUCAUGCAAAUUUUAUAUUCUAUUUCAUUCAUGUAUUAUAUAUAUUACCUUAUUUGUUUCAAGUAAUCUGUGUUCAGAAUGAAAAACACAGUUCAAAUCACUGGAAUUCAGUCACUGCAAUAAUAUACAUCAAACUCCCCUAAUUCUCAGUUUGCUAGUGAACUGUAGCUAAAUUAUGGAAAAUUCUCUUCAAUGUAUUUGUGAAUACCAUGAAGCUUAGGGCCAGAAACCUGUCAACACUAAACUUAUCUUCCUUUGAGGCUCGCUCUGAAACUGCUACCACACAGCUGAUGUGUUGUUUCAUCCCUCUUUGCCUGAAAAAUAAUGAAAAGGAUUUCAUUAUGACUCUUGUCACCAUAGCUGAUGAAAUUGUUUAGAAAUAAUAAUUAUAUACACCUGUAAAACAAUUUUUUUUUCUCAUUUACAUUUACUAUUGUGCCUCGUGUGUUAUUUAACUUCAUAAUUGCACAUUUAACAAGAUGUAUAAAGAAAUGUGAUGAUCAGAAGUUGAAUAAGGAAAGGGCUUCACUCGAGAAUGAAUACUGCAGUGAAGACAUUGCAUCUCAGUGUAGUAUUAUGGAGGACUCACUCUGCUACUUCAAGAUAAUUGCAUUUGAUGAGCUCCAACCAAAUGCUCAGAUAUUACCCAGAUGUAAAAGCAGUUUUACUCUCUGGAAUUCACAUUAACUUGUAAAAAAGUUUGCAAAUCCUCAUCAUAAUGCCAUUAUUGUCAUGUUGUGACAUGUUUGUGAUAUGUAAGCACCACAACAGCUCUAAUUGGUCAUGACUUGGUGAAAUAAAUUAUUGAGUGUCACAGUCUGCCAACCAAUCUUGGAAAUCAAGACACAGAAUACCUACUGGAUAUGUUUCACAUCCUGUUCUGGAAAUUCAUCCCUAAUGUUUGAGUCACAUCAUGCUAAUUACAAUGGCUUAAAGGAAAAACAAAUGCAUGUUUUGUUUUCUGCUUUUUUUCUUGAAUAUUAUCCCACUAGGCUGGGAGAAAGAUGCUCUACAAUUUUAUGGUGACUAUCCUUUAAUUCUUUUAUAUUUUGUUAAUGGUGCAGUGACACCAAAUGUGAUGGAAACUCCAUAAUUCAAUGCACCUUCCUUGGAUCAAUAUAAUGAAUCAGGCCAUUACAUUAAACAUGUUCUCCAAACACGAUGGUGAAAACUUGCUGUGAAAUAAGACUGGUUAGUUUUCUUGUGUCAUAAAAGGGAAGGUGAUCAUGAUGAUAAUGGAUUGAUGAAAGUUCAGCAGCUGUUUGAAUUAAUGCAAUUCAUUCUGAAAUCCAAGAGCAUGAUAAUUAUAUUGUCUUGGAGGGAAAUAUCAAAUUCCUUAUUGAACACCAACUAAUAAACCAGAUUAUUGCAAAAUGCAUUGUUAUACCUGUAUCAUAGAACACAAGCAUUUAUGUCCAUCAACAUUUGUUGUCCAUCACAGUAAAUUUAACCAAAACUUAAGAUAUUAAAAAUGGUCAAGAGAACUGCAUUAAUGUGGUGAAAUAAGCAACAUGUUUAAGGUGACUACAGUUCAUAUUACUUUCAAUAUUAAAAGUACCAUAGUAAGUCACCUUUCAUAUUAGAAUACUUGUAUCAAAAGACUCAGGAUUUGAGUGAGGGGAUUUUGUUAUGAUUAUUGCAGUGAAGUGCAGAGGUUGUUUGUUGGGUGAUUUACUUGGCCAGUGACAAAGCUGGCUCACAGACCGCCAGAUUUACAUUGAUGCAAACCUAGAGAAUCCUUAGCAUGUAUGCAUUUAACUUUGUCAUAUUUUUAUUAAUACUUAUUGAUUCCUUUUUUUUUUUUUUUUUUUUUUUAUAUAUAAGAUAAGGUCUAGACAAGAGGACAGGGGAAAGAUGUAAGACUUUUUUGUGAUUAGAAAGUUCAAUAUAUGCUAGCAUUUUAAUCUUCUUAAUAAUUUCAUGUCAAAUGAGACUCUGUGCCUUAGCAGGAUGGUCCACUUUCAUGCUUCUAGUGAUGACUGCUUAACAUUCAGUGACAGGUGAAUGCCUCAGCAUCACCCAGUGUUCUUUUCCUACCUGACGCCCAAGGAUAAGAGCCUUUAGUGAUCCCACUAAAGCUAUCCUUCUGCCAGUCUUUCUCCAAUAAAAGAAUAAGUGUCUGUAAGAAGUGGUGGUUCCAUCUUGUAGCUUAGAUUAAGAUGCCACUGCUGAGUAGGUUAUCAGAGCUUGAGAAACACACUUGCCACUGACAACCUACACAGCAGUUUUGACCUAAUCAGAUGUAACUGAUGUACUGGGUAAUCUUACUCCAGCACAUGACCUUUCAUUUGUGGCUAAAUGGAAGUUGUCAUAUAACACAGGAAGCCCAGUUUGGGUGUGUCCUCAGGAGCACUGGGGCUCCUCCCCUCAACCCUGCUGCUGCUGCUGCCCCUCUCAGUGUGGUGGUGCCACAGGGUCAGUCAACACUCAGUUUACAUGUUCAUGUUCAGUCUGGAAGUGCCUUUUAUAAUUAUAAUUAUUUAUUGACUGCCUUAAAGGCACUGCAGAUCCUUCCUAUGUACAUUACCAUUAGAAAGUUUAUUUCUCAUUAAAUGCAUCUUCAUGAAUCAUUAAACUGCUGUGAACUGAGGCUUUCUGUUCAGUGUAUUGAGGUUCUCCCUGAAGAGAUGAGAGGUGAGAUGGGAGAGGUGAGAGAUGGUCUGUAGCUCAGCAGGAGUGACAACAAAAUACACAUGUAUUAGUUAAAAGAAUGUCAAAGAUGGUCAUGCCUCAAUCACUGCACUCAAAGUCUUAUGGCUUCAGGUCAUAUUGGAAAACUAUAUACAGAUUUCAUCAGGGUAUUACAUUUUUUAGCAUCAUGCAUUUUUGUAAUCAAAAUAUAUUCUUACAUUCAUUGAAUGUAUUUAACUUGGCAAAUCACACUAAUGAGCAUGUUGAUAAAUACUGAUUAUUUUUUAUAGCUGACUUUAAUGUAUUUAUUUAUUUUUAUGUACUCCAAGGUGACUGAUGAUGAGAAACUAUGACAAUUUCCAUUACCGGCAACAUUACACCAUUUCCACCUGCCCUGAGAAGCUUGACUUGUACUUACUGAAAACUUGUGGUAUUUUUGGCACUUUAUUUAUGUAUUUGAUCAUACAAAAAAUCUACUCAUUGACAUGUGGCUGCAUGUGACACACUAUUGUGAAGCAGCUUGUGUCUGUUUGGUGUAUUACCUGCUUGACUUCAUCUUAAAAAUACUAUAAAUUGUAAAACCAAAUCUGCAUACUGCCACUAGAAGAGGGGUCGUGUUCCUAGCAAAUGUACAUACAGUUGACCCACAGCAAGAGGUCAGUAGGGCAUGGAGCUGCCAGUCAGUCAGCAGGAAGGUCACUAUGAAUCAAAGUCAAGGUUAACAGACAUUUUCUUAUGCAGCCAAUGAAUCGCCUUACAUCAAUGUUGUGUGAUCUUAGUCUCUUCAAUAGAGUCCUUAUGGGGACAAUUUUGGUUUGUAUAUUUCUGUACAAAAUGUACAUAUCACAACCCCAAUAAUAAUUAUACUUGAGAAAA